GCCCUUCCGGUUAGUGAAGCUCUGCUUCCGCCCUCUCUGAUUUCUCCCUGUUUCUCGAUACGUUGGAGGUUAAGUGGCUGUCAGCUGCUAUCGCUACAUACCCCCUACCUAUAAACCUCCCUAUGGAGCCGCCCAGACAAAUGCGGGGUGCGCCCCAGAGCCCCGACCAGAGCCAGGUUUUGACUUAUGUACUCACAGAGGAAGAAAAAAAUAUCUUCAGAGAAUGCAAUAGUGAGAGCUUCUGGUACAGAUCCCUGCCCUUUUCUGCUAUUAGCAUGUUCAUCACGCAGAUGUUAGUUAAAAAAGGAACUAUUACAACUCAUACAAGGUUUGGCUCACUACCGAAAGUUGCAUUUGCUGGCCUGUGCGGAUUCAUUGCUGGAAAAAUUUCCUAUUUGAGGAUAUGCCAAGAGAAGUUUAGGAACCUAGAGAAUUCAGCAGUUGGAGAAGCUCUGAAGAAACAUAGACCUCUUCCAUAUGAGUAUUCUCAAAAGCCAGAAACUUCAAAUGCGCCUUUUGAAAAUGUUCCAGUACCAGAAGCACCACAAACACCAUAUUCUUCCAAGUACUCUGUUGAUAGUUAUGAAAUGGCAGAUGUUCACUCUAACUAUGAACCAGUCCCAUUUACUUCUUCCAUGAAUGAGUCUUCUCCUACCGGAAUAACAGAUAGUAUCCCUCAAGAACCUACCCCAUUUCUGGAAGAAGGUCCAAAAAGAAAAGGAGUCACAUAUGAGGAGUUAAGGAGCCGCAACAGAGAUAUGUAUGAGGCAGGAGUAACACAGAAGUCAGAAUAUCCAUCAAAGCCUUCACAGGAAAGGGCGUUAAAGAAAGCUAAAGUCAAUAAAUAUGGAGAUGCUUGGGAGGACUGAAAACAUCUGUACCUUCUGAAGACAUUUCUUCAAUCAAAUAUUUCAGCUUUAUCAGUGGUGGUCAAAUACCUGAAUGUUUUUCUGUACUCUGAAAUGCAGGUGCUUUACAAUAAAAAAAUACUUGGGUCUCCCUUUUUUGACUUUGCAAA